AUGUUAACAAUACAGCGUCUUUUCAUUUACCCCGUGAAAUCUUUACCACCAGUUGAGGUAUCCUCGGUCGAACUGACUAAUGAGGGGCUUCGCUUCGAUAGAUGUUUCGUCCUGGUCAAUCCGCCCACUGAUGGUUCUCGCUUGGCCAAAUUCCUCACUAUCAAGAAGGUCUUCAAAUUGUGCCUGUUCAAGACUGCGAUAGAUGAUUCCUGGACCAAAUUGACCAUUACUCAUCUUCAUGCCAAUCCCCCAUCAUCAAUCACCGUACCACUGACCCCGUCGCCGCUUUCGCUUCUGGCAAAUGCGACUUAUGAAGUCAGUAUUUUUGGUACUACUGCGAUUGGGAUCGACCUAGGGGACGAGUCGGCUGCUUUCUUCUCCAAGCACCUCAAACAAGACGUCCGUCUUCUAACGAUAGGUGGCACGGGGCGUCGCGAUAUUCCGGGGGCUGCUUACGUCCCCACCCAACGUGAUGCCCUUUCAUUAGCAAUCCGUGAUGGUAUGCAGCCACAGCGCAUUCGCUUUGCCGAUGCUGCCCCUUUAUCAAUUACAUCAACUGCUUCAGAGGAGGAUGUUCGAUCACGUCUUCCCAAGGACUAUCAGAACGAGGAUGUGAUUCGCCGACUCAGGCCAAAUAUUCAUGUUGAUGUACAUGGGGAGCUCCCGCCCUAUGACGAAGACAAUUGGUCAUCGCUACUAGUCAAAACUCGUCUAGAUGAAGCACAGGAAGUUACAAUCAAGUGCAUUUUCCGAACAGUGCGAUGCCUCAGCUUAAAUGCUGAUCCAGAUACCGGCGAAAUGAUUCACCGCGACCGGCAGUUGUAUGGACUCCUGGCCAAGGAUAGGAGGGUGAACGACAAGUUUCCUCCAGACAAACCCGUUUUCGGUCAAAAGGGUGCAGCAUAA